AUGAGCUCCUACCUGGAGUACGUGUCAUGCGCCGCGGGCGGUGGCAGCGGAGGGGGAGGCGGCGACGUGCUCGGCUUCGCACCCAAGUUCUGCCGCGCCGACGCGCGCCCCGUGGCCCUGCAGCCCGCCUUUCCCCUGGGCAGCGGUGACGGCGCCUUCGUGAGCUGUCUGCCCCUGGCCACCGCCCGGCCCACGCCGUCGCCUCCCGCGGUCCCCGCUCAGCCCCCGGGCCCGCAGCCCGCCGCUCCCCGGUACGCGCCCUGCACCCUGGAAGGCGCCUACGAGCGGGGCGCCGCACCUGCCUCUGCCGCCGAGUAUGGCUUCUUGGGGUCCGGGCCGGCGUUCGACUUCCCGGGCGCACUUGGGAGAGCAGCGGACGAGGGCGGGGCGCACGUCCACUACGCCACCUCGGCGGUCUUCUCCGGCGGGGGAUCCUUCCUGCUCAGCAGCCAGGUAGACUUCGCUGCCUUUGGCGAGCCUGGCUCCUUCCCCGCGUGUCUCAAGGAGCCCGCCGACGGCCACCCCGGGCCCUUUCAGACUGUGUCCCCGGCCCCCGGAGCCUGCCCCAAGCCCGCCUCUCCCACCUCUGGUCUCCCGGCCGCCCACAACACUUUCGAGUGGAUGAAAGUGAAGAGGAACGCCCCCAAGAAAAGCAAACUGUCCGAAUGUGGAGCCACAAGCCCCUCCAGUGCCAUCCGCACGAAUUUCAGCACCAAGCAACUAACAGAGCUAGAGAAAGAGUUUCAUUUCAAUAAGUACCUAACUAGAGCCCGACGCAUCGAGAUAGCCAACUGUUUACAGCUGAAUGACACCCAGGUCAAAAUCUGGUUCCAGAACCGUAGGAUGAAACAGAAGAAAAGGGAACGAGAGGGGCUUCUGGCUACAGCUGCCUCUGUAGCCUCGCUUCAGCUUCCUCGGUCAGAAACAAGUCCCAUCAAAUCUGGCCGGAAUCUAGGAAGCCCAUCUCAGGCUCCAGAGCCUUCCUGA